AUGUCCGCUCAACAGCACUCGGCGUUUGGCGCAGCGAAAUACAUUCCGCCCGACCCCAUCUUCGAGGUGACCAAGCGUUUCAACGCUGAUCAACACCCUCAGAAGGUGAACCUUGGGCAAGGCACAUAUCGCGAUGAGAAUGCUAAGCCUUGGGUGCUUCCGUCUGUGAGGGAAGCUGAGAAGCUGAUUGGCGAUGCCGGGCAUGAAUAUUUGCCUAUCGAGGGUUUGCGGAGCUUUAGAGAUGAGGCUACCAAAUUGUUGUUCCAUGAUACUUCCGCGCUUACAGAGAACAGAAUUGCGAGUUGUCAAUCUAUUUCAGGAACAGGCUCUCUCCUCCUAGCUGGUCUUGUUCUUCGCAAGGCCAACUCAGGUAUCGAGAAUAUCAUCAUCACGGAUCCAACCUGGUCGAACCACGAUCUUCUCUUUAAAGAAAUCGGGUUCAACGUAGUAAAAGCACCCUACUACAAAGAUCGAAACUUCGACUUUGAAGGUUAUAUCAGCGCCCUGAAGAAAGCCGAUAAGCGUUCGGCUGUUGUUCUCCACGCAUGCGCUCAUAACCCAACUGGCUGCGAUCCAACACGCGAUCAAUGGAAAAUAAUCGCAGCUGUGAUCAAGGAAAACGAAAUAUUUCCAAUUAUAGAUUCAGCAUAUCUUGGAUUCAACUCGGGUAAUUACGAUGAAGAUGCAUGGGCGAUUAAGUACAUCAUCGAAGAUGUCGGUCUUGAAGCCGCGAUAUGCAUGUCUUUCGCCAAGAACAUGGGGCUCUACGGAGAGAGAGUUGGUCUUACAGCAAUAGUGACAAAGUCUGAAGACGCAAAGCGGACGGUGUUUUCACUGCUUCAGAAUGCUCAGCGACAGACUGUCUCAAACCCUCCGGUCUAUGGGGCUAGAAUCGCAGCUACUGUUCUUGGAAACCCUGAGCUCUUGAGACAGUGGCAUCAAGACCUUGUUACCAUGUCUUCGAGAAUCAGGUCAAUGAGGAAGAAGUUGUAUGGCGAGCUUGUGCGGCUGGGGACCCCGGGACACUGGUCGCAUAUUGUUAACCAGACUGGUAUGUUCGGUUACACGGGUAUCAGCAAGCCUCAGAUUGAACAAUUGGAAGAGCAAUAUCACAUCUACAUGGCAAAUACGUCAAGGAUAAGUCUUGCAGGGUUGAAUGAUCACAACGUUGAAUUUGAAGAUUACUAUGAGACAAACAAACUUUCUGUCAGUUGUGCCGAUCCCAACUUGAUCGGCUUGGACGCAGGGUUCUUGGUCGAUGCUCUCGGUCCGUCAUCGACCAUCAAAGAGCAGAUAACAGAUUUGGGGACUCCGCAUCGGAGCUCCCACGCAUCCCCUCAGAUACUUCGAGGACAUGCAGAUCUCACAAGAGCCCAGAAUAGCAACACGACCCCUGAACUCAACGCACGUUCCAAGUUCACUGGCGUAGAACAAGAUCCGUCCAUAACCGCUCCCCACCAACCCCAAUGUCUCCUUCACCAAACAAACACUCGUAUCCAAGUCCAUCCCACGCCGCGUAACAUAAACCCGAGACCCAAGCUCUCAACCCCUGCCCUUCGCCAGGACAAGCCGAUGCAUGGCGUAUCACCCCCGCUACCGCAUGUGGACUAA